UUGCAGUUGGACGCGCGUACGGAAGAAACGGUCACUUAUAAAGAAUUGCAAGUCAAAACUGUGAAAUGCGCGUUGUGGUUGAAACAACAAGGAAUCGGACGCGACGAUGUCGUCAGCGUAUGCAGCAACAAUCACUUAGAUUCUAUCGUGCCGUGCUUAUCAGCGGCUUACGUUGCUGCAAUCUUCAAUCCAAUAAACGAAGACAUAAAUUUGUCAACCGUAUUGCAUUACAUAAAUUUGACCAGACCGAAGGCGAUUUUCUGCACUAAGAAACCUUUGGUUGAAAUUCGUAAAGCGUUGAAGGAGACUAACUAUAACAUCAAAGUGGUAGUUUUCGACGAAAAUUCCAACGAGUUAUCGUUCUCCGAUAUCCUGAACAGGUACAGCGACGCGGAAGUGGCGAAUUUUCAAUAUGUCGAACAUGGCUUAAAGAAAACUGCGUGCAUUCUACUCUCGUCCGGUACCACGGGAAUGCCAAAAGGAGUCGAAUUGUCCAAUAACACUUUGUUAGACUGGGCUUUCGAGGACAUCAUGAACAUAAAAAACGAGGCGACGCUUUGGUUCUCGCCUCUGUUUUGGAUCAGUGGAGUGUGUUUGAAUUUGGGAACGAUCGUGCAUGGUCGCAAAGUGCUUCUAUACCCGGUAUUUGACGAGGAAAUGACAUGCGUGUUGAUCGAAAAGUACAAGGUAAAAACAAUGAAAAAAGUGACAAGAAAUACGGACGCUAGAUUAAAUACCUUUAUCUUUCUCCAGAAUCUUGACUUCAUUUUCGACGGUAAAACUUUUUAUAAGACUACGAAACUUGACUCAUAUUUGUAGAAGACGUUCUGUGUAAAAAUGAUCAAACUUUCUCACUACA